AGUAGUGUACAUUUGUUUUAGUCUGUCAACUUCUCAGGUUUCCCUGACUCAUCCCAUUUAAAUGGUUAGGCUUCCUUCUUGAAAGUCAAUGUAGAAAGAUAAUUUUAGCUUAUUCAAUACUCAAUUCAUGUGUAUCAGAUCAAUUUGGCUAAAUGUUAGAUAAACUAUUAUGAUUAAAAGUAACGAACCUUCUUAAAGUUCUUCUAUUUUUUUUUUUUUUUUUUUUAGUUCUACUUCAUUGUGCAGUUACAUACGUGCCGUAAGAAAGGAGGUAGGCUGUGUUUUUUGCUUUUACUCUGAACAAUUGCGAUAUUGGUGAAGUUUGAUACCAUACUAAAGCAUAGAAAUGAAACUUUAGGGGGCGGCAAAUGUUUUUAGAACAUUAAAUGUCAAAAUGCUUUACCCCUGUGGGGAUUAAACUAAAGUAAUAUACGUUCAUCCGUGCUAUUAUACAGCAGUAUUCUUGGGUUUUUACUUUUAAUUUUUACCGUCUUCCAUCCAGAAAUCGAGACCGGAAGCGACCUUCUGUCCUGCUCGAACGCGUGACGCUGAAACACUCUGGGCGUGGGUCAGCUGAUGGGGCUGGGCUGUCAUAUGAUCACUCGCUUGUUGUGAUUCCUAAAAAAGUGGAAGAUGGGCUUUGUCGUAGUUCCCACAGUUCAGAUUUAUACAUUUAUUUUAUUUUUACUCAUACAUAGUACAAGUGGGCUUGAUGGAUAUGACGAAUAUCGACGCAAUGUGUCCAUGGAGCUGAACCCUGGUCUAAAGAAACCCUCCACAGGAGCUGGUCUGGUUCAUGUGCGGGCAGUGGGCUCAGACGACACACUCCACUUCCUGUUGUGUAGCCAUGAAGCGCCUGCACUGAUGCUGGUGCACACCAACUCCUCUUCUUCUGCGGUGCACAUAGACUGGGAGGCCUUCCUGAAUGGCAACUACUCCGGUAGCCUGAAAGUAGUGCCAGAGAGCAGUGUGCAGUUCAGCAGUGCAUUGGUGUUCACCAGGUUGUGGGAAUAUGAUGACGUGAAUGAUACUGCAGACCCUGAACACCUGACCCCGUCCAGCUUCUUUCCACCGUACGAACUGCAGGACUUCAGUUGGGACGAUCUCAAUACAACCAUCAAUCUCACCAACCACUCAGUCACACUUUGUGGCCGAAACAGCUCCACCAGUUUCAGAAACGGCUCCCUCUGCCUAGCUUUCUCAGCAUUUGGGUCCAAAGGACGAGGCGCUGUGUGGCCGGGCCUCCUACACAAUGCCAACUCCUCCCAGCUGCGUAUAUGGUUGGACAAUGUGAGCCCGAGGUCUAACCAGUCUCGCUUCGCUCUGGAGCUGCAGUCUGUGAGCAGUGCGGCGCAGCGGGGCCACGUGGAUGUGCUCAAGUCUAUUGAUGAUGAAUACACACCCUCCAUAUUCAAGGUGUCUCAGUGGGUCUCAUCUCCCAGCAACGCCUCCUCCGCAGUUCUGGGGUACACCCAGUGGAAGCCGGUGGCCUAUCGGACAGCGCAGCCCAAAUUUGAGGAUGCCACUCCCUGCCGACAUUCCAACCCUGUCCUUGUGUCUCAGCUGCCCCCCUCAGGGUGGGUCCAGGCAUUCUUCAGAGAUGGGCAGCAGACCUCUGCCCUUAACAUCACUUUCAGCAUUGCUGGAGAUCCCUUCUACAACGUCACCAAUUACCUCAGCUGGUCUAUAUUGGUGGGGUUGGGUCCUCCCCCUCUAGACUCUUUCUCUCCACUGGUGUUGACCAUCAUGGCCGUGGGGCUGGGGACGCCCCUGGCCCUCAUCCUCUUCGGCGGGGCUGGGGCCUGCAUCUUCAAAAAAGGCCAGCAUCCACAGGGUUAUGAGCCAAUCAACUAGGACUAUUCACUUGAAGACAUGCAUCUUCACAUGCACACACACACACACACACACACACACACACACACACACACACACACACACACGCACACACACACACCCCUUUUGGCAUUAGGAUGUUGGGCAUUUCAGUUGAGAAUUUAUAAGUCAUAUCUUUGCAUAGAAGCUUUAUUCUGCGUGGUUAAUGUGUGAGGAUAUCCUUUAUUCUGGCAAGCGAGUUUAGCCUUCAUUUGAUUUCUGUGUGAGGAGCAUUAUUCUUCAUAUAUUGCUUAAUUUAUACAAGAUGUAUUAUAUAUCUGCUCAUUCGGGCAGAACCACUGGUAAUUGGAUUUUUUCAAAUCAAUGCAUUAGCUUGAUGAGCAUAGCAGGAUAGAAGUGUCUGAGAUAACUGCAGACUCCUGCAGUAUGGUGUGAAAAGAUGCCUUGCAUCACAAAUCAAAACCAUGAUGAGCAGGUGUAAUGGAAGCUACCAGGUAAGCCUCAUUCCUGGACAUUUAUGUCAAAGUCCAUUGCGGAACUUUUCCCAGGUUACAUUGAUGCUGUGUUGUGUGUUGGGAAUAGGGUAGAAAGCUGUGCUGUGUGUAAAUGUGUGCCUUGCACUCUAUGAGACAUGCUAGUGACAAACUGGCCUUUGAGUUUCUAUUCUAGCACACCUGGCACCCAAACACGUGCAGGGCAGGACCACAGUAGCUGUACAGAUCUUGAAUUUGCAAUUUUUUAACUGAUGAUUGGCCAUUUUGAAUGUGUCACGUCAUGCAGGAUGAAUGACCUUGAAUGUACAUCUGAACUCAACAUUAUUCAACCCACUUAAUCCUGAAGACAUGGUGAUUUGCAGUCGGUCUUAAAAUAUAUCAUAUAUAUUAAACCUAAUCAGAAAGGAUUGUUUAUUUUACACAUGAAAGAUAAUUUCAACCCCCUGGCCAAUUUGACAUGGAUCAAUCUUUGCACUUGAAAACCUUCUAGAAACAUUUGUGGAAGGUGCUCCCUUGGUGAUACCGCCCUGUUGGUAUUUUGGCCCACUCCUGAUGUGUGAAAGCUUCCAGCUUAGCAGUGAAUCAGCUGAACCCAUUCUUGUUUUACACAGCAAUUCAACCUAAUGCACAGCUGUGUGUUAAACCUCCAUGUACCUCAGUGGUACAGUUCUAAUAGGGGUUGAAUCAUUUUUCAUUCUAAACUCAAUUUCAUAUUCUUAAAACCUUUAAAACAAUGUGUACCUCAAACUUUCUUUGCUUGAAUCAUUUUGAGACCAGGUGUACGUGGCCAAAAAAGUCUUUGUCAUGCACAAAAUCUUUAAAUAAAAACCUUUUUUCAUCAA